AAUUAAUAAUUUAAUAAGCUUGUGCAUUGAAUUCGAUGCCAUAAGACAGUUUAAUACAUCAAUAGAUUUGAUAAGAUUACCAGAAAUUCUUCUGUUAUCAAAAAAGGAAGCAAUGGAUCUUUUGAGCGCAUUACCUGAAGAUGCUUUCAAUGAAAUCGCAACAUAUUUGAGUGGCAAGGAUGUCUUGAAUUCAUCAAUAGUCUGCAAAAGAUGGUAUCAAAUGUUUGGACAGUCCAAAGAAUGUAUGAAGAAAAUAGCAGCAAAGUACACAAAUUAUAAUCGCCGUAAAGAUCUUAAUAUAUUAUUAUUGAGUAACCGUAAAUAUCAGAACAUUAAACUUGGAUUUCAACGUACUUAUUAUAUAAGGGAUUCUAAAAUUGAGGAGAAUAUCCGAAGUAUUCUAAAGAAGUUUGCUGAUACAAUCGUAACUUUAGAAACGUCUCAUGACUUCCAGCGCAUCUGUUCGCUCCCAAAAUUAAAGGAACUUGAAUUUAACAACACAAAUUGGAAUUAUUACACCAAAAACGCAAAUUACUUUUAUUCGAAUGGAUUAAUGACAAAGUGCACUGAUGUAAAAAAAUUGAGUAUAGUAAGUCCAAUAGCUAUAGACGAAAUAUCUAUAAAGAUUGUUCAGAAAGCACUCACAAAUAUGCGAAACUUGAAGUUACUGACUGUUAAUCAGCUCAAGUUGUUUGAAUAUUUGGAUCUAUCAGAAUGCCAUUUUAGACUUGAAGAAGCUGAUUUCCAAAGCUUUGAAACUGUUCCUGGUAUGAAUAUUUUGCAAAAUCAUCAAUCAACUUUGAAAGUUAUUAAACUAAACAGAGUUCAUUUAGAUGAAAUUGUUCUGAUCUUAUCAGCGUUUCCAAAACUGCAUACAUUUCAUAUUCGACAUGGAGUUUUUAAUAACAUCAGGGCUAUAGAUUUUCCUCAAAACACAUCUAUUAAGAAUUUCAUUAUGAGUGCGUAUUGGACAAAUAUAAAUCAUGCCAGAAUGAUUAUGAAGUUAAAGAAUCUCAAGCACUUAAAAGUGUACUCGCUAUAUUGGAGAACAUUUUGUGCUGCUUCUCAUUGUCCUGAAAUUAAAACAAUCGAAUAUCAGAACAUGGAUAAUAAUAUCACUGAGGAUCAAAAGACUCAAAUGGCAAAUUAUCGCAGAAUCCAAUUGAUUAAGCAACCAACGAAUCACGUUUACACUUAAGUUAAUUAAGCUACAAUAGAUGAUUUCUUCAAAAUGUUAUAUUUUUUCUAUCUGAAGAAAAAAUGCCG